GUUCUUAUGAGAUUUAAAAUUGGAAAACCUCAUACGUAUUCGGUUAUUGAUGAAAUCAAAUCUUUAUUUUAUGUAUUCAUGCACAUAGCUUGUGAUGGAAUUGAAUUUAAUAGACAUUUGACCAACUAUGCUCAUAACGAAUUUCACACACAUUUAUCAGAAUUUCACAAAAGAAUUUUUCCAUAUGAUAACGAGCUUGAAAGCAAGAGAAUUAUCGAUUGA